AUGACAGAAGAAUCAUCGAAUGAUGUGCAAACAUCUAAAACAUCUGAACAACAAACGACAGCAACAGGAGGAACGGCACGUUUAGGUAUUGGACGUGGAAAAGCUAAACCGGAAAUGAAUAAUAAUGAACUACCACCACCAUCAACUUCAAAAUGGAAUAAUAGUGGUGCAACCGAAAGUUCAAGUGGAUUUCGUAAUAAUAAUGAUGAAAACAGUAAUCCAAAUAGUAGUGGAGGUUUUGGUUCACGAAGUAGCGGUGGCUUUAAUGGCGGACGUAGUGGUGGUGGAGCAUUUGGAUCGAGUAAUGAUGGCAAUGCUCGUACAUGCUACAAUUGUAAUAAGACUGGUCAUAUGAGUCGAGACUGUCCUGAGCCACGAAAAGAAAAUCGUGGCGGCAACAGCGGCGGUGGUGGAACCCGUGGUGGUUUUGGUAGCAAUCGUGGUGGAUUCAAUUCUGGUAGUGGAGGUGAUCGUGGUGGAUUUAAUUCAGGUAGUAAUGGUCGUGGUGGAUUUAGUUCAAGCGGUGGUGGUGGUGGUGGUUUCAAUUCCAGUCGGGGAGGUUUUAAUUCAAGUAAUGGCGAUCGAAAUGUAAAUUUCGUAUCAUCGGCAAACGAUGAAAGUUCAUCUAUGUCUGUAACAUUUCGCAAUUCAAGAAAUCAACAUGAAGAUAAUAAUAAUGAUACAAAAGCAAAUUUUAGUAGUUGGCAAGGUGGUGCAGGACAUAAAGCAAGUAAUGGUAAUGAUUCUGAAGGAACUAAUAGUAGAAGUACAACAUUUGUUAAUUCAGCAAUGCGUGGUGGCUUUAAUAAUGCUGGUAGUGGAUUUCGAGGUGGUCGAGGCGGUGGUGGAGGAGGAUUCAAUUCAGGUGAUCGUGGUAAGACAAAUUUAAGUAAAUAUCAAAAUUUUAAUUUUCUUUGUCGAAUAGAUAAUCGUGGCAGUGGUGGUGGCGGUGGUAAUUGUUUCAAUUGCAAUAAAUCUGGUCAUCAUUCUCGUGAUUGUCCUGAAGAAAGAAAACCUCGUGAUGGUGGUGGUGAUAGUUUCGGUAAUUUUGGUGGUCGUAGAAAUAAUAAUCGAGUAUCUGAUGAUAUUUUCGAUCAACCUGGUGGUCGUGCUGGUGCUCAACCAAGUGAACGUUAUAUUCCACCACCUCCACCAACAACUGAAGAUGCUAUAUUUGGUGAAGCAGUUACUAAAGGCGAAAAUUUUGGAAAAUAUCAUCAAACACAUGUUCAAUGUACACCUUUAGAUAAAGUAAAACCAAUUGAAUUAUUUGAAGAAGCUAAUCUUGCUACACAAAUUUUAUCAAAUAUUCGUCGUGCUCAUUUUGAAGAACUAACAGCUAUUCAACGUUAUACAAUACCUUGUAUACGACAACAAGAUGAUAUAAUGGCUUGUGCUCAAACUGGAUCUGGUAAAACAGCUGCUUUUCUCUUACCAAUAAUCUCCAAUUUACUUGAAUAUAAUGCGGAUGAAUUAUCUGAAAAAUCUCAUCCACCAGCACCACUUUGUCUUAUUGUUUCACCUACACGUGAGCUUGCUCUACAAACAGAACGUGAAGCAAGAAAAUUUGCAUAUCAAACUGAUGUGAUACCUUGUUCUGUUGUUGGUGGUCAUGAUAUGUAUGCUGUAUCGGAUCGUCUUCGAGAGGGUUGUCAUAUCCUUUCAGCUACUACUGGUCGUCUCAAAGAUAUGGUUGAAAAAGGCCGAGUUUCAUUAAAACGAGUUAAAUAUUUCGUUCUUGAUGAAGCCGAUCGAAUGUUAGAUACAGGUUUUGAACCUGAUAUACGUAAAUUAGAAGAUCUUGGUUUACCAUCAAAAGAAGAGCGCUUUACAUCAAUGUUUUCUGCAACAUUUCCUAGUGAAGUACAACAAUUAGCCAAACAUUUUCUACGUGAAAAUUAUGUAUUUCUUGUUGUUGGUAUACCUGGUGGUGCUAAUGAAGAUAUAGCACAAACAAUUGAAGAAGUACCACAUUCAAAAAAAAAGGAUCGUCUUUUUCAAUUACUCGAACAAAAUCUUAAAUCUGAACGUUGUUUAAUAUUUGUUGAAACAAAACGAUCAGCUGAUUAUAUAGGUGCCUUACUUUCACAAAAACAAUUUAUGAGUACAACAAUGCAUGGUGAUCGAACACAAAGACAACGAACGGAAGCUGUACAACAAUUUACGAAUGGAAAAUGUCCAAUACUUGUUGCAACAUCAGUUGCUGCUCGUGGUUUAGAUUUUCCUUUAAUUGGUUAUGUUGUUAAUUAUGAUUUACCAGAUACAAGUGAUUUUUAUAUUCAUCGUAUUGGUCGAACAGGUCGUGCUGGUCAUUUAGGUAAAUCGAUAUCAUUUUUUGAUCCAGAACGAGAUUCUGAUCGAAAAAUUGCUCCUGAACUUGUAUUAAAAUUAAGCGAAGCUGGUCAAGCAGUACCUGAAUUUCUUAAAAAAUAUGUUGAAGGUACCAAUAUGGGAUUUUAUAAUGAUGGUCAAAAUCCACGAAAUACUGAUAUGAGAUCUGGACAUAAUCAUUUUGGUAGUCGAAAUCAAGCAAGUGGUCCUAUUGGUGGUACAGCUUCUGCUGGUGCGACUAAUGAAACUUGGGAUUAG